AUGCUGGUGAAGAAGCAAGCGGUGAAAGGCGGGGGCCGGGAGCCGGGCUCAGAGGACCGGAGCCCAGCCGGGCAGCCUUGUGCCCGCCCCGUGUCCCCGUGCGCGGCCCUGGCCACCCUCCUGUCUGUGGUGGCCGUGAUGUCUUGUCUGUACCUGGGCGUGAAAACCAACGACCUCCAGGCGAGGAUCGCUGCCCUCGAGUCUGCCAAAGGAGACCCUUCCAUCCGUCUGCUGCCUGAUUGUGUGGAUCAGCUCAAAGCUAUGGUGCAAGAGAAAGUGGAGCGACUUCUGGCUCAGAAGUCCUAUGAACAUAUGGCUAAAAUAAGAAUCGCGAGAGAAGCGCCUUCAGAAUGCAAUUGCCCGGCAGGUCCUCCAGGGAAACGAGGUAAGAGGGGCCGAAGAGGAGAAUCUGGUCCUCCUGGUCAGCCCGGUCCUCAGGGCCCUCCUGGUCCAAAAGGUGACAAGGGAGAACAGGGCGAUCAGGGACCUCGGAUGGUGUUUCCUAAAAUCAAUCAUGGGUUUCUCUCUGCUGAUCAGCAGCUCAUUAAACGCCGCCUGAUUAAGGGUGACCAAGGUCAGGCUGGGCCGCCAGGCCCGCCAGGCCCCCCGGGCCCAAGAGGGCCGCCUGGGGACACAGGGAAGGAUGGCCCCCGCGGAAUGCCAGGCGUGCCCGGUGAACCAGGGAAACCAGGAGAACAAGGCUUGAUGGGUCCUCUGGGGCCUCCAGGACAAAAGGGUUCUGUUGGAGUACCUGGAAUUCCGGGGAUGAAUGGACAAAAAGGUGAACCCGGGUUACCUGGAGCAGUAGGACAGAAUGGAAUACCAGGGCUAAAGGGAGAACCUGGAGAACAAGGAUUAAAGGGAGAUGCUGGAGAGAAUGGCCCCAAAGGUGACACAGGCGAAAAGGGUGACCCUGGAUCAUCUGCUGCAGGAAUUAAGGGAGAACCCGGAGAAUCUGGUCGUCCAGGGCAAAAGGGUGAACCAGGGCUUCCUGGGCUUCCUGGACUUCCGGGGAUAAAGGGAGAACCAGGUUUCAUUGGCCCUCAAGGAGAACCAGGCUUACCAGGGUUACCAGGAACAAAGGGCGAACGUGGGGAGGCAGGGCCUCCUGGACGAGGGGACCGAGGGGAGCCUGGAGCCCCUGGACCAAAGGGGAAACAAGGUGAAUCAGGAACUAGAGGCCCAAAAGGGUCAAAGGGCGAUCGUGGAGACAAAGGGGAUUCUGGAGCCCUGGGACCGAGGGGUCCACCUGGUCAGAAGGGAGAUCCGGGAGCCACCGAAAUCAUAGACUACAAUGGCAACCUCCACGAAGCCUUGCAGAGGAUUACCACGUUAACAGUCACGGGUCCCCCUGGACCACCUGGACCUCAAGGACUGCAAGGGCCAAAGGGAGAGCCAGGAUCCCCGGGAGUCCCAGGAGUUGAUGGAGAGCAGGGACUCAAAGGCUCAAAGGGAGACAUGGGGGACCCAGGUAUGCCAGGUGAAAAAGGAGGAAUUGGACUUCCUGGACUACCGGGUGCCAAUGGAGUGAAAGGAGAAAACGGAGACUCAGGAUUGCCAGGUCCACAGGGCCCUUCCGUCAUAGGCCCACCAGGCCCACCAGGUCCCCAUGGCCCACCAGGCCCCAUGGGACCCCAUGGACUUCCUGGACCAAAGGGUGAACCAGGGUUAAAUGGUGUUAAAGGAUUGAAGGGUGAAGCAGGUCAAAAGGGUGACAGAGGACCCCUUGGUCUUCCAGGAGCAUCUGGCUUAGACGGAAAGCCAGGAGCCCGGGGUUCAGAUGGCCCUAUGGGACCCCAUGGCCCUGCAGGUCCCAAAGGAGAAAGAGGUGAAAAAGGAGCUAUGGGAGAGCCGGGACCCCGAGGGCCGUACGGUCUGCCCGGGAAAGAUGGAGAGCCUGGUCUUGAUGGUUUCCCUGGUCCACGAGGCGAGAAGGGUGACCUGGGAGAGAAGGGGGAAAAGGGAUUCCGUGGCGUUAAGGGGGAAAAAGGGGAGCCAGGCCAGCCUGGCCUGGAUGGGCUGGAUGCCCCUUGCCAAUUGGGGCCAGAUGGAUUACCCAUGCCUGGCUGUUGGCAAAAGUGA